AUGGAGAGGCCUGCGAAGCGACUGAAGAUUACGGACCCUGAUGUACGAAACCCGCGGGACACAGGUUCGAGAAUGACGGAAGGACUGUUUACCUCAGAACUCGGGAUGAGGGGCGAUGAUACAGACCACAAUGUUCAGCCGACUCGGACCAUUAGCUUGUCUGAUUUUCAAAGACAAAACGUGUUCGGCAGCUACCAGCACGCCCCUCGACCUAUUCUACCUCGCAGAAAUGCUGGAAUCUACUUAUUGCCCAGAGCUCCUGAUGCUACUGUUACAGCCAGCGUCGUGCAAGUCAAUGUAAACGACGGCACGAGUACCUCCAAAAUUACCGAAGUCACUGUGGCUACAACUGGUACUGUUGUCUCCUUAUCAGAGGUUGGCACACUGACUACUGCGGUCUCAGUAACUAUACCUGGAAUCUCAAAUAGUACCAGCGUCCAGGGAAGCUCCACAGACUCAUCCCAAACGAUCACAACUCCAACAUCUGUGGAUACGUCAACGAUUACCUCCACACUCAGUUCUGGGCCAAUAAAUGGUACGACAUCGUUCUUGGACACGACUAGGACCACGGAACGGACUGUAACGGUGACAGCCACUUCGACCUUCGAGCUGUCGCUGAUCAACGGUAGCAUCAUUGCCACAGACUCACGUUUCGGCGCAAGUCCCACAGGCGGGACCAACGUGGGCACUACAGGGACCAGCAGCGGCACUUCGAGGACGUUUUACUUUGGCGACCUCACCUCGACACCUUCACCAUCGUCUGACAGCCCUACAUCCGGUUCGGCCGGUGCUUCGUCGGGUUACUUCACUGACGGAGCGGGCGCUGGCGCGACUGGUUCUCCGACAGCCACAACCGAUUCAGCAGCUACAUCGAGUGCUGGAUCAGGUUCGGGUAGUGGCGGAGGCGGAGGAGGAAGUCUGACACCAACUCAGCAGCAAGUGGUGGGAGGUGUUGUUGGAGGUGUGGCUGGUGUUGCACUUACGCUAGUCAUCAUCCUUUUUCUCCUUCGCUGGUACCGCCGUCGACUAAAGGCACGAGGCCAACUUCCUGAGCAAAUUGCCGCUCGUGAGCUAACAACCGGGGGUGGCAGUAGCGGUGGUGAGGCAUACCCCAUGUCACAGCGUUCCUCAACGACCCCUCUCACAGCUGCUGUGGCUCACGGGCUGAAGCGUCUUCGACCUCGCAGCAGUCAAACCCUAGGCACUACUGGCACUGGUACCACAGACACCAGCGUCCCAGAAUCGGAACGGGGCUUUCAACGUAUCGCCGGUCGCAAGAUUGCCCCUGUGUUGAGCAGCGGGGGUGACCCCUACGGAGGCAACUUUGGUGCUUUCGAGAAGGACGCUGGUAUAGGUCCCUCAGACGUGCCACAGAUCCCCGAAAGAGGGCUUUCGGGGGCCUCGUUCUAUCAGGACAACCGUGGCUUCUACGGCGGAAAGGGCACACCAACACCACCACAGAUGCCUUCGUCGCCAACAACCGCCACCACAAAUGCUAGGACGGGAGACUUGUCCACGCCCGCUGAAACCACGUCGAGUACGAGAGACUUUGCAGAGCCGCAUGCGCCAUCAGUGCUUAAUAGCAGCCAGAUAUCCUUGACCACACCCAGCCGACCCGAAGGGUUUGCAGUUAUGCGGCCCAGUCCCGCCCGAACUCCGGUCACUCUCAGUCCCGCUGCGAGCUCCAUCCGGUUACCCAUCCAACAGCCACCAAGCAUGGACGAAGAUGCUCCUCCGUUGCCGCCGAUGCUGCGAGAUGGAGUCGGUCGCAGCUUGGCUAGCCAGGACGGAAGCCGAGUAAGCAGGAGCAGUGGACGGAGUGCCGGGCGGUUUACUGAGAAUAUGUGA